AAUUUCUCUCAGAAACAGCUGAAACGUCACAGCGUACGGACGUCUUUAUUUUACGUGCGGUGCAACAAAAUACUGCAUUGUUAUUACCUUGGCGGUCGAGCGAACCUCUCUCAAUCGCGUUCGUGGACAUGAAUUAUCAGUGAAUGCUAUAUACCUCUUUAGGUAAUGAUUAUUUCGAAAGGAUAGCUACGAUGAAAAGAUAGUAAAGUGCAGUGACGUCAGUGUGAUGACAAAAAUAAAUCAGUGCCUUAUGAUUGUGAUAGAUAGUAAUGUGUUGUGAGCAGAUAUUCGUUCACCUGUUCGAUUGUGAUAUGUACAGCCGAUGCUUUCUGCAUGAUUCAUCAGUAUCCUAUUUUGUUUGGCAUGCUUAUGUUGGUACUCACAAACUCCUUCAUCACAGUAAAAAUGCCAACGAAUUCAAGUUUAAGCUUAUAUGACUAAUAAGCGCAACGUCACGCCUGUGAGUCACAUGAAUGUUUUAAAUCAACCCUGCGACGUUGAGUGAUUUUAUCACUACCAGUGUGUAGAGGUGUAUCGCGUGUAAUUAGGUAUCUUGUGUGAGCAUUGUGAACGUUGAACGAAAAUAGUAGUGUGUGGAACGUUGAUAAGCUCGGACGACGCAUUCGUGUACAUAUAAAUGAGUGUUUCCGGAGUAGCGACAUCUGAAGCAACACCGUUGAGAAGCAAUCAAGUACAACCCACCGCAAGUGAUCAGGUGCCACACCAACAACCGCAUGCUGGUAGUAAUAGCACCGGUAGCAACAAUAGCAACAGUGGAGCCUCGAAUCCCAAUAGUGAAGUGCCAAUCAUUAAAAGCGGAACCAUGGAUGACACAAAACGAAUAUUGAUUCGUGUUGGAAUCGACUUUGUCAUUUUGUGCUGCGUUGGAUUCCCUAUUUUGAUCUUUUUCCUCGUCGGACAACCGUACGAACGAGGAUUUUUCUGCGACGAUGAAUCACUCAUGCAUCCAUUUCAUGACUCGACCGUCACGAACUGGAUGCUGUACAUCAUCGGGAUAGCAGUACCCAUAGUAGUGAUAAUCGGAACGGAGUUAGUACGAGCGCACGUGAAAAAAUCAAAUGCACAACCUCUAAAGGUAUACAACAUCACAAUCCAUUACUGGAUAGUAGAGGCAUACAAAUCAAUCGGAAUGUUCGGUUUUGGAGCCGCCUGUAGCCAGCUGUUGACCGACGUAGGGAAAUAUACCAUCGGUCGGUUACGGCCACAUUUCCUUGAGGUUUGCAAACCUCUAAUGCCCGACAAUACGAACUGUAGUGAUCCCAAAAAUCAGGGCCGUUACAUCGUAGACUUUACCUGUACAAGCGAGAUAUCCAGCCCCCGUAUGCUAAAGGAAAUGCGUCUCUCAUUCCCAAGCGGUCAUUCCAGCUUUUCGAUGUACACUCUCGUAUAUUGUGCGAUUUAUCUCCAAUCUCGGAUGAACUGGCGAGGUUCAAAAUUACUGAAACAUUUUCUCCAGUUUCUCCUGAUUCUACUAGCGUGGUACACCUGUCUAAGUCGAAUUUCCGAUUACAAACAUCACUGGUCCGAUGUGCUGGCUGGAGCAGUCGUAGGGUCUACCGUAGCAAUUGUUGUUUCCAAUUACUGUUCAGAUUUGUUCGAUGCACGAAGAAAACGCAUAAGUGUUCUGCCGCAAACCCGCUACGAACUCAGCCCCAACCAUACUACUUCCAACGGAAACUAACAGUAGUUGAUAGUGAUAGACCUAACGUAGUGUAUGUGAUUUCUAAAAUCUAUUUUCCUUUGAAGUCGAAAGCCGGUUGACCUGCAUACUAUAUUUAUUAUAUAGUAAAGGAUUAAUUUAUUUUACGUAAAAACAAAAUAAGUAAAAGAGUCAGUUAUUUAUUGAAACUGCUGCAUCCUGUAAGAUAAGAUAUUAUUUUAAGCAACUACUGAAAAACUUCCGUUUCAGUUUUGUUCAAGGCAGCUGCUGGAUGUGUUACAAAAUUGUAUUAAUUAAUAAAAGGAUUUUAACAUCUUCAUAA